AUGCAUUUUAGCAUCUAUAGUGUCGUUUUAGUCGCCACAUUUCUCGCUUGCAGCUUUACUCUUACCAGAGCCGACAAGGAUGAGGCCACUAACACGCAAGUCCAUACAAGUCGCCGUUUACCAUUCUUUGACGGCAAGAGUGGAAAAGCUCUCGAAAACGUUGUGGAAGAAAUGGGUGACCAAUCGCAGUUCCUCCUCAAAUCGAAUGUGGCACAUGAAGAAAAGAAGUUACGGUAUGCAGAAGAAGACAAGGUUAUAAAAGAACUUAAAGAGUUGCGGGAUAGAGGUGACGCCACUCCAGAAGACCUUGUGAAACUCAAUAAGAUGUUGAAUAAAAGAGUUACAGAUCUCGGGUCGGACUAUCACGUUAAUGUAUACAAUCUUUUCAAGGAUCCAAAAGAUGCAGAGAAGGCAAUGGCAGUAUUCCACCAGACUACGAAACCAAAAAAGAGCAAGCUCAAGAAGAUCGCCAAGUAUACUGGACUCACACUCCUUACUGCAUUUGCUCUGUAUGGUGCAUACGAGGCUUUAGUGAGCAACGGACCGAAGCCUGAAGCUGUUGGAACCACGACUGUGGGAUAA